AUGACGCCAGGCGAUGUGUUUACCGCUAAGGCCCCCUUCGUGUUGGUGGAGCAGUUCUGCGAAGGAAGGCCGUAUGAUACGAUGACAUUUCCUGAUGCCUUUGAGAUUGCACCGAACAGUUGGCAGUACAGGCCUGCAGUGGCCGCCGUGCCGGAAGUGGUCAUGUCACCAUCGCCAGAUGCUGCACAUUCUGCUCACAAGAAAAAUAAGCAUUAUUUAUUGCCUUUGAGCGAAGCCAGCCGCUCGACGGUGCACGGUGGGAUGCACGAGGAGCAGCGGAUGCAGCUGCAGCGUCGUGCGCGGGAGCGAAGAGAUCUGCAGCUGAUGUCUGGACAAGCAACGCACGAAGCGUGUUUUCAAAGACCGUGUGCGAAGGAUCUGGUGGCGAAAGAACAGACCGCGGAGAAUCGACGACGCAGCGAGGUGCGGGAUGCUGUGCACACUUUGUGGCUAGAAAGGAACAGUGCGUUCAUCACGUUUUGCGCUACGCAGCGUCGCCUAUGUAUGCUUUCAUUAGAGACGCGUCGUCAGAAGCGGAUGGAGCUGGAGCACCGCGCAGGUUCAUUGCGCGAAAAACCGCAAUGCCUUCGAGGAGGGCUUUUCUGGACGCACAGUGAAGGACACAGGGAAAGAAGAAUUUCCCCCGUUGCUGCUGACGAGUCUUAA